ACUUUGUUGACACUUAUUGCGAUCAACAAGAUUACUACACGCCAUAUAACACACAACAUUGUUCUUUGGUGGUCUUCAGAAAAUCUCAAGUUACAUUUUUGUAUUGUUGUUUUUAUUGCAUAUGAAUUCAACGUUGUUUUUUUAAGUAGAAAAAAAAUUUUUUAAAAAAAAAUAUCUCGAUGCUGGAAAGAAAUAAGAUAGCCAAGCAAUACGUGAUGUUAUGUAUUAUAAUAAAAAGUUAUUUAAAAUGAAUAUUUAGUACAUACAUAGUUUAGCGUUUGGUGUUCUGUUUACAUGUUACGAUGCUGCAAAACAUUUACAAUUAAUUGCUGUGAUCUAACAAAACUAAAAUCAUGUCUCCUAUCGACAAAAACGAAAACGAAUUUGUAAACAUCCCGUUGCAAGAUAUAAAAUUAAACCAAAACGCACAUCAUACUGCAGAAAGUGAAAACAACACGACAGACGGAGGUAGUUGUUUGAAUUGCAAAAAAUGGGAUUUAUUUUUAAAGAGAACUCGCGAAAAGGUCCAUCUUAUGUUUUAUGAUUUGGGUUGCUUUAUACAAAAACGAUACUGUAUGGUUGCUGUUAUCAGUUUACUGGUUGUGUUGCCGUUAGCAAUUGGUGUAAAGUUUAUUGGGACAGAGACAGAUGUGGAAAAAAUGUGGAUUGCAACUGGUGGAAGGUUGCAAGAAGAGAUGGAAUAUACCAAAAAACAUAUUGGAUCAAACGGAUUUGGUAUAGAAGAAUUUGACUAUGAAUCUUUCAUUCAAAUACAAAAAAGUGGCAAAGAUAAUAUUUUAGACAAUAAAAUUUUGUUAGAGCAUUUGGAUAUGUUGAAGAAAGUUUUAAACUUAGAAAUUACCAUGUAUAUGCAGCAAUGGUCGUUAGCAGAUUUUUGUAUCAAAUAUGAAGUCCCGCUGUUUAAAGCAAGUCAAGAGGAAGCUAAGCUGAUCGAUUCACUACGACCUUGUUUGAUUAUGACACCCUUAGAUUGCUUUUGGGAAGGAGCAUACACGACAGGAACUUCUGCUGGAAAAUAUUCCUACCUUAGUACGUCACCUUUAGAGCUACUUGACAGAAUUACUGAAAACAGUGUGAUUGAUGUAAAAGCUGCAAAAGACUUCUUACACAAGGCUGGCGUUGAUGCUGGAUACAUGAAUAAAACAUGUCUGGAAAACACUGAUAUAAGUUGUCCUUUACAUCAAUGGAGGGGGAAAAUAUUGCCAGAACCAGAUCUUGGUGCCAUUUUAACUGGUGGCUGUUACCGAGUUGCAAAGAAAAUUAUGCACUGGGAUGAGGAUCUUAUCAUUAGUGGAAUUGAGAAAAACUCAACUGGUUACAUUAAAUAUGCAGCUGCAUUUCAGACGAUAAUUCAAGUAACCAAUGCUGAAUAUUUUGCAAAGUCUGAAAAAGCUCAAUCUAUUCCAAAUUUUUCGAUGGAAAAGGCCAAAUCCAUUAUUGAUGCAUGGAAACUAAAAUUUACUGAAUUGGUAAACAGGGAAGGACAAAGAAAGAAAUUGCGUUCUAGGAUGAUCGCUUUUUCCACUGCGUCUUUCCAAGACGUGAUAGAUAGAUUUACGAGGAUUAACACAAAGUCGGUUGCUGUUGGAUUUGUUAUUGUGACUGCAUACGCCAUUGUUUCUCUGAAGCGUUGGUCAUCAGCUGUUUACUCAUAUAGUUUAAUGGGAGCUGUUGGAGUGGCUUUUGUUUGUGUGUCUGUGUUCUCUGGAAUUGGAAUUUCUCAUUUUUUUGGGAUGAAACUCUCAGCAGCUUCAACACAAGUGCUUCCCUAUCUUGCUGUUGGUUUGGGUUUAGACAGCAUGUUUCUUAUGGUCAGGACUUAUGUUGUUAUUUGCGAUUCUGGUCAAUUUGUUGAUACUAAAAUAGUUGGUAUGUGCUUGGGAGAGUGCGGCCUUAGUGUUACUAUCACUUCAUUUGCAAAUGCUUGUGCAUUUCUGAUGGCAUCAACGAUUCCCAUCCUGUCUUUACAGGAGUUUUCCAAACAGGCAGCCAUUAUUGUGCUACUGAAUUGGUUUAUGUUGAUGUUUUUGUUCACUUCUAUUUUAUCUUUCGAUGUGGAGAGACAGAAGCAUAAUAGAAUUGAUCUGUGUUGCUGUGUUAAAAAUGAUGAAGAGGAAGAUGAGGAGGAUGAGGAGGAUGACUCGAGACUUUAUAAAGAUGCAAAAUAUAACCAAAAAAAUUUGCAGAACAAUAUGAACAAAUUAUUUCUUGUUGGUACUAAUCCCCAUGUCCCUACUUCGAACUGUCCACGAAACCAACGGAAGAUGCAGGAACAGUCCAGACGACAUUUCAAUGUCAAUCAAGCCGAAGUGAAACGUAGGAAGAAGAAAGAAUCUUCACGAUGGAGGAGAGUGUUGAAAAAGUUUUCUGUUGCUUACUUUGUGCGUAAUUAUUUUGGAAAGUGGAUGGUUUCAUCACAGGUGAAGAUUCUUGUCUUGUUCUGUUGCUGCAUUCAACUCUUUCUGGCUGGCUAUGGUGCAACAAUGGUGAAACAAGAAUUAAACAUUGCAGACAUGCUUCCAAGAAAUUCACCACAACAUUUAUUUGUGACGCAACGCGACAAACAUUUUUCGUACUAUGCUUUCCACAUGAUCACUCAGUAUGAGCAGGAUGGCAAAGUGUUCGAUUACGCGAAUAAUCAACCGUUAUUGCAUGAAUAUUAUAAGAGAAUUUCAGAAGUAAAUAAUGUUUUGAGGCGAAGAGGCCCUGAUAAGUAUCCUCGAUUCUGGUUAAUUAUACUUCGAGAUUGGUUGAUAGAUUGUGAUAAAAAGUUCCGUCAGGAAUGGAACGCUGGAAGAAUUCAUCAGUCGUGUGUUCCGAAUUGUAAUAUUUCACGAGAAGCCAAAAUCGUGUAUCUGUUAUUGUUACUUGAUCAUACCGAUAAUGAGUUUUUAAAGAAGGAACCAGAAAAACUUGUUGAAAAUGGUAUCAUUAAGCCUUCAUCCUUUUACUACGCAUUGACACUAUGGUAUUGGAAUGAUCAUUUAGGAACUGUCAAAGCUCAGGCUAGCAUCCACCCACCACUUAAAGAACCCAUUAUUCAAAAUAAACAAAAAUUAGACGAAAGAUACAAAGCCGAACCGCAGUUUAUAAGCAUCCCAUUUCAUGUUCAUAACUUGAAAACGACAGAAGAUUUCGUCACUUUUGUCAAGGAUAUCAGAAGUAUUUGUGAUGAGUUCGCCGAAAGAGGAUUGCCCAGUUAUCCGAAAGGCAUCCCGUUUACAUACUGGGAACAGUUCAUCUUGUUGCAGAAACACAUGACGACGUCGGGGGUCGUGGUCCUCUGUUUUACCUUCUCUUUCACUUUGAUCACAGUGAUGAGCGUGAGAGCUGCUUUCAUCGUGGCGUUCUUCCUGACGAUUAUCGCUUUUGAAUUGUAUGGUUUUAUCGGCCUGCUUGGUAUAAACCUGAGUGCUAUCCCCGUGGUUGUUUUGAUUGUAUCUGUCGGAGUUGCUGUGGAAUAUACUCUUCACACUGUGCUUGCGUUUGUAAACACACCUGGAGAUAGGAAUGAACGCAUGAGGGCAGCAUUGGAGAUUACUUUUGCGCCGAAAGUGGACAGCGCCAUUUCGAUUUUAAUUGUAAUGGCGCUUCUUUCAAACUCUGAACUCGACUUCGUUGUGAAAUUCUUCCAUUUAAUUAUAUGUCUCGUACUGACCGCACUUUUUAAUGGUGUUUUUGUUCUACCCGUUGUUCUAUCCUUUUUUGGUCCAUGCUGUGAGAUAACACACCGUUCAAUAAUUCCUAGCAUACAACCAGCUUUCACAAUACCAAUAUCGGUGAAAGUAAACAUAAAUAAGAACGAGAAACGCAGGCCUGCACCUAACCGUCAUUUGACGCCGAUAGAUGAAGAACGUUCAUCGGAGAUAUCUUCACAAGAGAGUACGACCUCAGUGCGGCCCUCUACCCCGUAUUUUAGUUCUUCGCACGGCUUUAGCUCUUCUUCUGACACAUCUGCUGGUAUGGACAGCGUGAUACCACCGGAGUGGGAACACACACCAAGACUUUAUAAAAACGACACGCACAGUCGGCGAAAUAAUUGUCGAAGAAACGGCACACGUCAUGAUUUUCGAACAAUUCCGACAAACAGUUGUAAAAAGAACAGAAAGACGCGUAGUUGUACAACGUCGAGUAAUUCGGCGUUACCUAGUAGUCAGCAGUCUUCUCGCUAUUCUAAUCGCACCAAACAAAACAGCGCAAACCCUAGAGUAAUUCAAGUACAGUCACAAGACGACAAUAGAUCGACGACGAAAGUUAAAGCGACGAUACAAAUUGAAGUAGAAGCAUCCACGUCGUCGUCAUAUCCAAGUUACGAAGACGACUAUGAUGAUGACGAUGGCUUACCGACAAUUAAUUGUUAAAAAAUUUCGUAAUAUUUACGAGGGUGGAAAUAGAAAAUAUUUUUAUAAAUUAAUAUAAUCGGAAAAUAAAAUAUUAUAUAGCUGA